AUGUUCAACUCUCCCGAGACGAGCAGCUUGACGGCUGCAGAGACAAAGGUCGCCCGCAAGUGGCGUGGGAAGCUCUUCUCCCGUGAAAAAGAGAUCAAGCAGUCCUCCAGAGACGAGCAGAUAGACGACUUCCUCGCCUCCACACGCCCUCCCGUACAGCAUCACCACUCGCCAGCACAGCAGCAGACACAGCAGCCAUUACACGCUUCAUCGUCGCAGAUACACCAGCCGCAGGCCAGGAACCCCCCCAAGCUCGACGUCUCCGUCUCGCAGCGGUGGCCUGGGGCUGCUCAGUCGCCCACGCCAGUUGCCGGCAGCAACAGCCUGGACCGAGGGAACAGCCAUAACAAUGGGGACGCCAAUGGACUGGGGAGCGGCAUGAAGAAGAAGCGGCGGCGGCGCGAGGGCCUCCGCGUCACCUUCUGCGACCGGCCGCCGUCCAUCAUGGGUGAGGGAGGCGAGGAGGCGAACGCCCCGACGAUGGAGAUAUCGCUUUAUCGUGCACGCUCCAACUCGUCCACUUCCCAGUUCACCGACGGCGCCGACAGUGGCUCUUCUGCAGACUCCAACUUUCCUGACAGGGAGCCGGCGCUGCCUUCUUUUGCUGUCUCGGGGCCGGAUGGUGAUGGCGACGACGGGUUCGCCAGGAGUGGCAGCCAGGCGAAGAAACAGCUGCUGCCGUCGCCGGAGAUACGUAAUGCACAGAACUCGGACUUCCUCCUGUCCAUCAGCUCGCAGCCUAGAGGGUCACGGCUGUCCUGGCGGGAUACCAGUGAUGAAAGCUCGUUUGCGGCGAGGAUACGGGCCAAGAUGAGGGAUGAGGAAGGGUUGGCGCUGCAGAAGGCCCUGGCCGCCCGAUCGGAGCAGACAUCGCCAGACCUCAGUAGGGACAAGGACUACGAUAGGGACUACAAUAGGGAUCAGAGGGACCGCAGCAGGGGAGGUGGUUAUGACAAGGACUCCAAUGACUACGACAGGGACCACCAGCGGCAGAGCCCACCCCAGGAACCGACCAGUGGAAAGGGUGGCCUCUCUUUCUGGAGUAGUGUCAUGGCUGCCCUGCCAGAAGAGAAUAAGAAGCAGCAGCAGCAGCAGAACAGUCCUCCUGACGGAUACCCUCCUCCUGUUGCUGCCGCUCCCGCAAAACAGAUUCGUACCAAAUCCCCCAACCCUCCAACCACGUCUCCGCCCCCGUAUGCUCGGUCAGAGUCCAAACAGGCAUUCCACAAUGUCAACCAGCAGCACCAGCAGUCAGACAGGCUGCAGGCCCAAAAAUCAGGAUACGCGGGCCAUCACUCCAAGAGUUCCUCUGCUUCCUCCUCCGCCUCUGGCAAGUUCAAGAACAUGGCCAACAUGGUAGGAGAUGCCGCCAUAUCUGAAUUCUCUGCUCACGCAGACCGGUACACCACCCUCUUCUCACGGGCUGCCGAAAGUGUCAAGCCCAUCAUGGAGACGUCGCUAUCAGAAUGGGUUCGUGCUAGUGUAUGGUGGUUCAUCAAGGGCAGGGCAGAGCUAGAGGCUUUCAUGCGCACCCGUCCUCCCAACUCGGCCAACGGGAGACAGUCACCGGUGACUGAACAGGCGCAGCAGGCUAUCGUCAACCUGGCCAAAGCAUGGUGGAUCAACCAACACCUCAUCCCCCAGCAUCCAGAACUCGGCCAGUUUGGCAGGAUGAAGCCAGAGGCCAUCCUCUCGAUGGUCCAGUCGAUGGGCAACGAUACCCUUGCCAGCCACAUCAGCAUCCACUGUGCUAUCAUCAGCCAUCUGCGUGCUCUCUCCAUGUCGAUGCAGCGGAACAAGAUUCUCCCUUCAGCAGAUCAAUCCACCGCCCUGUCCCAAAAUAUCGAUGCCUCCAUCUGGAUCCGCUACCCGUUCUUCGCUCCAGGAAUAUCGUCCAUAUUGUCUGGCUCGGGCUCAAAGUCCAUGCUGAUCGACCACUCGAGCAAAAAGCCCGAUAUUGGCGAAACAAUGCCCAUAAGCGAUACUAGCCGCCAUUUCUGCUAUGGCCGAAUGUUUGUCGAAGUCUGUCUUGGUUCUGCCGACGAUGACACGGAGCAAUAUGCUAUUCCGUGCAUGCUGUCCAUCACCCGCGACAGAUCAGACUGGAACGUCAUUGCAACACUGACAAGCCAGAAUGAGCUUGUCAACUUGACCAUACAGUCUGAGAAGAAGCAUGGCCCAACGUGGGCUGACAUCGACUGGCAGGUCCGCUUCAACUCCCUCACUCUCCGUCUUCCCCGUGGAUUCGAGUUAGACAUCAAAUUCCAAGAAGCAGAUUUCAAAAUGCUCUGGAAGAUAGUCGAGUAUACCCGCAAGAUACAAGAGGAAAUGCAGCCCGCCUCUGGAGAAAGGAUGGUGUUUGCAGAUGUCCUCAAGGUCUUCCAGUAUAACGAGAAUUCGCCCAACAAGGCAUUCCCUUCUGAACCUACCCAACGCUGCAGGAUACAGCUGUUUGAAAGGACGACCAAAAUCACCGAAGGAACAGGCACACGCGAAUCACACCGUGGCUUCCGCUUCUUCGCCGUCACCAGCCCGAAAGUGAAAACCCUCAGUAGUGUCACGCAUAUUCUAGGGAACGGCUCCCCUAUUAUAUUCGGCUACCUACGCGGCGACGACGGCGCCCCAGCAAUGAUGCUCAAACAUUUUGAAAAUGGCAUUGAGCACUCCAUGCUACUUACAUUCCAGGACUCUGAGCUUCGAGCAAACUUGCACUCCUUGCUCAUCGGCAUCACACCAACGGAUUCAGAGUCUAAAUCACCAGAUCUCUCCUUGCAAUCGUUCACCAUGAUACAAGGGCCUGACCCGCUAGGCAGCUCUAGCCCUACCCUCGGCUCCAGGAAGACGUACCUCAAGUUUGAUAAGGGUAAUGCAUCGGUCAUUAAUACGACGCCGGACUAUGGUGCACCGUGUACCGUCCUCUCGGAGCGUUUGCGUGUCUUCAUCAGUUCGAGCUGGGGCUCGGUCACUGACAGGAUUAACAUUGGACCUGGCGAUUUGAAAAUAAGCCUUGAUAUCAACAUUCCCACUAUGAUAAGCGUGAUAAGACCGCCGCAAGAAGACUUGGGUGUGGCCGUGGCAGAGAAUAUGGUUCCAAAGGAGGUAGCUACACAGAUGAAGGACCUGCUCACGGUCUCAAAAUCCCAGUCUGUCAUUAGGAAGUAUAACUUUGCGACGCUGCAGGACAUGCAUCACUUCCAACAGGGCAUCACUGGAUUCAAAGUACUGUUUGACGGCUAUGCCUCUAUGUUCGCCAUCGCCCGUCGACGCAUGGUAGUCCCCAUAUACAAGAAAUGGGAAGCCUCCAAAGCUCGUCUUCAGAUCAUCCAACAAGAAAAGAACGUCCAACUAGUCGCCUUCCUAGCCGGCUUCAGCCACGGCAGAAGCAUGAAUUUCGUCCUCAAGAGCACCGAUAACUUUGAAAGUUUCAACCGCUCAGGUAAAUACGGCAUUAAAAUCGUUGAUGCCAAGUUCGCGCUGCCCAAGAACAGCGACGACGAGUCUGCUGACUACGUCUGCCUGGAUAUGCCGGAAUAUCCUGGUGAGCACGACGAUAUCACCAUCGGCUUUGACUCGGAGAAUGAUCGUUAUAAUUUCCAAUCGGCAGUGCCUGGGUCAGUGAAGGAACCAUCUAGAAUGGGCUCACUGCGGAAAUAA